GUUACGGUUCCGGUCCGGUGUGGUCCGACGGUAGGACAGGAAGCAGCAGCAGUAUCGAUCAGUGAUCAGUGGAACCUGAUGGAGGAUCGAGUCUCUGAGCCCAAACUGGUUCUGGUCUUCAGUGGGAAGCGGAAGUCCGGGAAAGACUAUGUGACGGACCUGAUCCAGAACCGUUUGGGCUCUGAUGUUUGCUGCGUGCUGCGUCUGUCGGGACCUCUCAAACAUCAGUACGCUCAGGAACACGGUCUGGACC